AUGCAAAUAGAAUAUGUUUGGCCAUCAUUAUUUGAACAAUCGAUUGUUGCAAAUCCAUCGUUAUAUUGGCUUAAUUCAUCAUCACCAUCAUCAUCAUCGUCAAUGGAUUCAAAUUUGAUUUAUGAUCAAAAUUAUUUUGAACAACAAUAUUGUGAUGUGAACAAUAACAACCAGACUUCUACCAAUCAACAUAUGUUUAACUUUGGUAACAGUGCGACUGCAGAUACAUUAUAUGAUACACUUGUUAAUGAGCAAACAACAAUCAAAACAAAGCCAAUGGUGGCCGUAUAUGACUCAUUACGAGAACCAAUUAAUGAAAUAUUUUUUCCACAGAAGGUCAUUAAACCAUUACCCAUUGGAGCUGAAAGGAAAAUUGCGUCAAAUGUUCGUGAUAAUUAUUCAGUAUCAACAUCGUCAAGUUUGUCAACAUCAUCGAUAAAUAGUAAUUGUAUUUCACAUACACAGUCAUCACUUAUUCUGCCAACAACAGUCACAAUAACAAAUGCGACAACGACAUCAAACCAACAAUCACCAUCAGCAAAGUCAACACUAUUUCAUAAUAGCAGCAAUGCAACAAUGUUCAUGCCAAAAGAUCAAAAUUAUGACAAUAGUCAAGAUACAUAUGUAGAGGUAAAUCCACCUGUUGUAUAUGAUAAUUCCGAUUUACAAUUGAAUUCGACAUAUCCACGUAUUUCGAACAUGUUGCAUCGCUCUCUGAUUUCUCCGACUAGUCGAACUCCUCCAUCGAAACAAAUAUCGGACAUUAAUACGAUGCCGGCUCAUAGUACCAUUGAACAACAAUUAAGACGUGUAGUUAUAGAUCAAGCAACAAGUAAUAAUUCAAAAACACUAUCCUGCCCCAUGUCAUCGAAAAAAACUCAGCAACAGCAGCAAGUGCAGUCAGUAUGUACAUAUCCAAAUUAUCAAUCAUUACCAGUUCAGUACUCAUUGCCAGAGAUUAACCGUUUAUCAUUUGAUAACAAUAGUCCUCGCUUAAAUUACAGGAGUAUGUACAAUGAUCAGAAUCAAAUGUUUUCAACACAAUUUGCUCAAUCAAUCAACGUAACAUCACAAGCCGCUCUAUGUGCAUCAGCAGCGGCAGCUCAAAUUGCUCAAGCAGCUGUACAACUUACCGCCGCCAUCGUCCACAAAUAUAUUGAAGUAGUCUUAUCAGAUAAUGAACUUGAAUACAUUAAAAUGUUUGAUAUUAUUGGUCGCUUUGCUUAUGAGCGAUUAAACCAGAUCCGUUAG